AGACGUCGGCGACCAGAAGCUCUAUAGCAUCUAUGGCUGGAAGUAAGGAACAGCGGAUCCUGGACUUUGUAAAGGAGAAUGCAGUGAGUGGAGACCCUCAAAGUGUGGUGGAUCAAAUUGAUAAAUAUUGCAGCCAGAAGGAAUGGGCCAUGAAUGUGGGAGAUGAAAAAGGUCUAAUCCUGGACAAUAUAGUCAAGGAGACUAACCCGUCCAUAGUUCUGGAGCUGGGCACAUACUGUGGGUAUUCUGCCAUCCGCAUAGCUCAGCUACUAAAACCUAAUGCUCGUCUGCUCACCAUUGAAAGGGAACAAGCUCAUGCUGCUGUGUCCAGGGAGAUGAUUGAAUUUGCUGGAUUCAAGGAUACGAUAGAGGUAAUAGAAGGUUCCACAGAGAAGAUCAUUCCAAGGCUGAGAACGGACUAUGGAGUAGAACAUUUAGACUUUGUCUUUAUUGAUCAUUAUAACGAGAGAUACACGGCUGACACCAAAUUACUUGAAGAACUCGGCUUACUCAAGAAAGGGAGCGUUAUAGUAGCAGACAACGUUGUGUACCCUGGUGCUCCAGACUUCCUGGAAUAUGUAAGGACAAGUGGUCGCUAUGAAUGCACCAACUUCCCGUCUCAUGUAGAGUACAGAAAUAAGCCAGAUGCUUUAGAAAAGGCAGUGUUCAGGGGGUAGUGAUCAUUUGGGCAAUGAAACCGGU